GCCCACAUUGUAGAUGUCUCACUUGCAUUCUUGCCAAAGCCAAUGUCACACAACGUGACCAUUUAGUGUUCUUACACAACUACUCAUUUGUUCCUUUCCAGAUUCUUUACCCUUUUUUCUUCUUUUGCCCCUGCCUCCUAUAGUAUCCCAAUUACCACCUGCUUUGGGACCAUAUAUAUUACCAUAUCAGGGUUACCACAACGUUUACAAUAUGGCGACGGCCGAUGAGAAGAUGCCCGUUGAGACGGGUGAGCAGGCUCUCCCGCAGACGCCUCAAAAAAGCAGCGAAUACUCCUCGGAUUCCCCAAUUGAUCCCAAGGCCGAGAGUAGGCUGGUUACGAAACUGGACAUCAUCAUAUUCCCUACUUUCUUUGUAAUAUACAUGAUGUCUUUUUUGGAUCGUAUCAAUAUCAGCAACGCUCGUAUUCAGGGAAUGGUCGCUGAACUUGAUCUCGUCGGAAAUCGAUUCAAUGUCGCGCUUUUUAUUUACUACAUCUCUUAUAUUCUUCUUGAAGUACCUUCUAACAUGAUUAUCAAAAGAUUUCGGCCUUCCCUGUACCUGUCUUCUUUGAUGUUUUGCUGGGGUAUUAUCAACAUGUGCAUGGGAUUUGUCCAUUCCUAUGGUGCACUCCUUGGACUUCGAUUUUUGCUCGGUAUUUUCGAAGCCGGUCUCCUACCUGGUAUCAUCUAUGUUACAUCGCAGUAUUAUAAGCGACAUGAGUAUCAAAAACGCAUGUCUUUCUUCUUCUGCAGCACCGUCGUCGCAGGUGCAUUUGGCGGAUUAUUGGCUUAUGCCAUUGCCCACCUCGGUGGCAAGCACGGGUAUGCCGCUUGGCGCUGGAUCUUCAUCAUUGAAGGCGCCAUUACCUCAACAAUCGCCAUCAUUGCUUCGUUUCUUAUCAUCGACUGGCCGGAGCAGACCAAAUAUCUUAAUGCAGAAGAGAAAGAGCUGCUUCGCCGUCGUCUUGCAACCGAUGUCGAUGACUCGUGCCGCAUGGAUGUCCUCAACAAAGCUUCGCUGAAGCUCAUCUUGUCAGAUUAUAAGAUUUGGCUUGGAGCUUUGGUUUACUUGGGAGUCGGUGUCCCUGGUCUGUCUGGAACCUUCUUCCUCCCCACUAUUCUGCUAGAAUUCGACUGGGUGGCUGAAGAGGCACAAGUCCGCACUAUCCCUGUCUACGUCUUUGCAGCCGGCAUGAUGAUCAUUGGUGCCUGGGCCUCUGAUAGACUCAAGCACCGCUAUAGUUUUUUUGUUUUCGGAACCGCCCUGGUAACUAUUGGAUAUGGAAUGCUUCUUGCCCAAGUUGGAAAAUCUCGAGACUACAAGUUCGGUGCCGUCUUCCUCGUCUUCGGUGGCGCCUACAUGGUCACGCCCAUGGCCCUUGCAUGGCUGCAGAAUAAUUUAUCUGGCCAAUGGAAGCGCGCAUUCGGUUCGUCAAUUCAAGUCACAAUUGGCAAUAUUGCGGGCAUCAUUGGAAGCAACAUUUUCCUCGUCAGCGAGGCCCCCACAUAUAAGACUGGCUAUGGUGUUGCUCUUGCCUGCAUGUGGGUUGGAUUAAUCGCGGCAACUCUUAUGUUCUUGCUCAUGUGGCGUGAAAAUAAGAAGCGUGAUGCCGGCGAGCGGGAUGAUAGACUGAACCUUCCCGACGAUGUAAAGAAUAACCUGGGUGAUGCAUAUCCCACCUUCCGGUUUACUCUUUAAGAGAUUAUCCUUAUCCUGCGGUUCAUCCGCUUUUCGUUGUAUGACUCUUCAGGCCCCCUCUCAUACCCUAACCUAGCUAUUUUAAUACGUGUUCUAUACGCCGUGAUAUUAACGAUUUCGCGGUAAAGAAACAUUCAGAUCAGACUAAUAUAUAGAAAACAGAGUGAUUCAAAUAUACAAAGUAAUUAUACAUGCUUGUUUGUUUCCAUAUCUGAAGAAUCAAUCAGUCAAUAGUUAUAUAAGUGAAUAUAUGCGGCGGAAGCGCUCUUGAUGCGUCAAAAGCUAAAGGCAC